AUGAACGAGAUCAAGAUAACAUCAACAUCAAUAUCAACAUCAACAAUAACAGCAAUAACAGCAAUAACAGCAAUAACAGCAAUAACAGCAGCAACAAACAUCAUCAUCAUUAUUAUUAUGAUUAAUGAUUUAAAUGCACCACCGAAAAGAACUCCUUAA